GAAGUGCAAGAUUUUCUUCUGUCCUUGAGGAACUUACAGACGAGGGUAGACUUUGCCACCAAUGUCAGUGCUGAACUCUGGCUGGCCACACCCAGAGGACAGCCCCACCCCUGGGGAGCCACGUCCAGCAGCCAACUCAGACAGUGACUCAGGCCACCUGCCAGGGGAGGACCCUGAGGAUACCUCUGCUCAGAGUCCUGCAGUUCUCAGCUUGGGUCCCCCUUUUCUGGACACCAACCAAGCCCCCAAGUGGCCUGGACUUCCCACCCUCCUGCAGCAGCUCCCUCCACAGGACAGUGAUGAGCGCUACUGCCUGGCCCUUGGGGAAGAGGAGCUGGCUGAGCUACGGCUCUUCCGUGCGCGGCGGAAGCAGGAGGCCCUGGGCCAGGGGGUGGCCCGUCUGGUACUUCCCAAGCUUGAAGGACACACCUGUGAGAAAUGCAGGGAGCGGCUCAAGCCAGGAGAGUACGGAGUGUUUGCAGCCCGGGCAGGGGAGCAGCGCUGCUGGCACCAGCCUUGCUUUGCCUGCCAGGCCUGUGGCCAGGCCCUGAUAAACCUCGUAUACUUCUACCACGAUGGACGUCUCUACUGCGGCCGUCAUCACGCCGAGUUGCUGCGGCCGCGCUGCCCCGCCUGUGACCAGCUGAUCUUCUCCCGGCGCUGCACAGAGGCGGAGGGACGUCGCUGGCAUGAGAACCACUUCUGCUGCCAGGACUGCGCCGGGCCCCUGGGCGGGGGACGUUACGCCCUGCCGGGGGGCAGCCCCUGCUGCCCCAGCUGUUUCGAGAGCCGCUACUCGGGUGCGGGCUGGAGCCCUGCCGGGGCUCUGGAAGGGCGGGCGUCCCUUGAGGAGACCGGACCCGACCGAACUGAAGGAAGGGACCGUGCCUCGCAGAACGCCGUGACCAUCUCCCGAACAGCCCUUGUCGCUGCUGCUGGCGGUCCAAGCCUGGAAACCCAGACGGGGCUGCUUGGAUCCAGCCCCGAGCAGGAGACCCGAGCUGGGGACAAGGCAGCGGCAUCCAAAGGGCGGGAGCAAUACCGCCUGGAGACGCCCCGUGAUCCCAGGGAGGAUGCCCACUGCUCCACCUGCUCUUCUUCCUCCGACUCGGAACCCGAAGACUUUUUCUUAGGCCAGCGCCUUUCCCGGCUCUGGAAGACCCCCGGAACCCUCCAACCAGGGGACGGCGACACCUCCAAGAAGCACUGCACCAUUUGCUAGUGGCGCAGCCCAGAGACGGGUGUGAGUGGGGAGGAAGGGAUCGGUAAAGCAGAACAAGACUGUCCUAGACUGAAUGCGAUCAGGGGCACGCCUGGGGGAGGGGGCGAGACGACAGAUUUGGAGUGUGCCCCCUUCAGGACAGCGCGAUCUAUGACUUGAUGGAGACUUUGGGGGAACCUCUCAUUCCCCAAAGGAACUUGAUCCUUAAUUUGGGACUCUUUG